AUAAACAUAUGUUUCUAAAAAGUAUUGCUGUAUGUAUGGCUAUUCAGCUAACUUAUUUAAAAUCUAUAUUAUUUUCACAUAAUAUAGAUAGCUCAAAAUAUCGUUUUCAAUAAAAUAAAACACAGUACAUAGUUAUUAGGAUUAAUUAUAGUGAUAAACGUGAAAACUUAUUCAAAAUUUAUUUAAUUUUUAUAUUUGAUCUCUUGGCAUCUAUUUCAGGUUCAGGCAAAUUUUGACAAGAUUUAGCAAAAGUUAAAGCAUAAUCCUAAUACCAAAAUAUUAUUCUUACAUGAUUUGUAUGCACGUGCAGUAUGAAGGAUUCUACAUUGUAUCAUUCUUAAAUGAUGCGAAUUAAACGCACGACACUAAUAUUAGGAUUAUUGAUAAUAAUAUGGUCAUCAAUAUUUUAUUUAACAUAUUAUUACCAUCCUGUUCACAUAUAUAGUGAAAUACCUAGUAAAUUGAGCCAGCAGAUUGUGAUCUUAGAACAAGGCAUAUCAAGAGAAUUUAUAAAAAAUAAUGUUAUGAUAAAAGAUGCUCAAAAAAUAUUAGAAAUCAAGAAAGAAAAUGAAAAUUACCAACAUAGUAUGAAUUUAAAUGAAUUCCGUGAUGUUAAGAUUCCAGUCUUGGUUUUUGCCUGCAAUAGAAUAACUGUUACUAAAUGUUUAGAUAGUCUAAUUCAGUAUAGGCCUAGGAUGGAUCAAUUUCCAAUAAUUGUUAGUCAGGAUUGUAAUCACACAGAAACGAAAAAAGCGAUUCUCAAAUACAGAAAUGAAGUCUCUCUAAUCCAACAGCCAGAUCAAUCUGAAAUCCAAGUUCCUCCAAAGGAAAAGAAGUUAAAAGGUUACUUCAAAAUUGCUAGACAUUACGGCUGGGCUCUCAACCAAAUUUUUUUUAAUUUUAACUAUAGUGCCGUAAUUAUCGUUGAAGAUGAUCUUGAGGUUUCUCCAGAUUUUUUUGAAUAUUUUUUGGGUUUGUAUCCUAUAUUAUUAAAGGAUUCGUCGCUUUGGUGUAUUUCGGGGUGGAAUGAUAAUGGAAAAGAAAGUCUCAUAAAUCUUAAGCGACCUGAUUUGCUAUAUCGGACAGAUUUUUUUCCUGGUUUAGGUUGGAUGCUUACCAAAAAUAUCUGGCUGGAACUUUAUCAGAAAUGGCCACGAGCUUAUUGGGACGACUGGAUCAGGGACCCUCUUCAAAGAAAGGGUAGAUCAUGUAUUCGACCUGAAAUCUCCAGAACAAGAACAUUCGGAAAAAUUGGUGUUUCAAACGGAAUGUUUUUCGAAAAGCAUUUAAAAUAUAUUAAACUAAACGAAGAAUUUGUAUCUUUCACAAAGCAAAAUUUGACAUAUUUACUAAAAGAAAAUUAUGACGUUGAUUUUGUUAAAAAAGUUUACCAGAGCCCAGUUAUAAGUUUUGAAGAACUGAAGCAGGUUAAAUUUAAUACGCCUGUUCGAAUUAUCUAUAGAACUAAAGAAGAAUAUAAAACUAUUACUAAAAAAUUAGGACUUAUGGAUGACUUUAAAAGUGGCAUUCCAAGAACUUCUUAUAAAGGAAUUGUUACCUUUCACUACAACGGGAUAAUGGUACACUUUACACCGUCAAAUAAUUGGAAGGGCUAUGAUCCGACGUGGAGUUAGGUUUAUCCACUUUUCCAUAGAACAAUAUUCCACUAUGUUUAUAUUUCAGUAAUAAGGUUUUACUUUAUUUUCUUUGUGAUAUGUAAUAGUUUUUUAUUGUAUGUUGUUAUUACAUGUUUUGUAAUUAAAAAUUUUUUCUCAACUAUUGAAUAAGUAGAAAAUAUACUUUUAAAAACUUUA